GACUUCGGUUUUUAAAGAGACGGAGUGCCAACGCGGACCGACCUGCUGCUCACAAACUUCAGAGGGAGGUGUCGCGAGAAGCUGCCAGAAGCUGUCGAUCAUGAUGCUGCUGCUCAAGUCGCUAGCAUCCCUCUGCGUCCUGGCCUGUGUUGCCUUCGCUGUCCCCGCUCAGGAGAAACGCGUCCAUCACCACGCUGACCUGAGCGACCACGUCCACGACGAUGCUCAUGGCUACCAGUACGACCAUGAGGCUUUCCUGGGCAAGGAGGAGGCCAAGACAUUUGACCAGUUGACCCCUGAGGAGAGCAAAGACAAAUUAGCGAAGAUUGUGGACCGCAUCGACACCGACAAGGAUGGCUUCGUCAGCCAUGCAGAGCUGCACUAUUGGAUCAAACACAGGCAGAGGAGAUACAUCGAGGAGAAUGUGAACAAACACUGGAAAGACUAUGACAAGAACCAAGAUGACAAGAUCAGCUGGGAGGAGUACAAGAACACCACCUACGGCUACUAUCUGGAUGAGGAGUUUGAUGAUGUUGAAGACAAGGCCACCUAUAAGUCCAUGCUCACCCGUGACGAAAGGCGCUUCAAGACAGCUGACCGAGACGGCGACGGCAUCGCCACACGUGAGGAGUUCACUGCCUUCCUUCACCCUGAGGAGUUUGAUUACAUGAAGGGCGUGGUCGUGCAGGAAACCAUGGAAGACAUUGAUAAGAACGGGGAUGGCAAGGUCAACUUAGACGAAUACAUUGGUGACAUGUACACAUCCGAGGAUGGGGAGAGCGAGCCUGACUGGGUCCAGACCGAGCGGAAACAUUUUGCAGAGUUCAGAGACACCAACAAGGAUGGCUACCUGGAUGCUAGUGAGGUGGCCCACUGGAUUUUGCCGGAAGAGGUUGACCACGCCGACAACGAAGCCAAACACUUGAUCCACGAGACAGACACCGAUAAGGAUGAGAAAAUAACCAAGAAGGAGAUUCUGGCCAACUGGAACAUGUUUGUCGGCAGCCAGGCGACCAAUUACGGGGAAGAUUUAACGAAGAGACAUGAUGAACUUUGAUGAGCCUUCAUCUUCCAAGAGAAGCUCAUUUGGGUUUAUAUUUCACUACAAUGGAGAGUUUGGUUACAGGGGUUUGGGGUGGGGGGGGUUAGGUUAUCAGUGAUGUUCUGACUAUGGGUUACACAUACAACACUAUUUCAUGUCACUUCAUUAACUUCAGCAAACCGUCACAUACUGUGUAUGUGAGUACAGAGGAUACUGAUCAUCCAACGCACACAGUAGUCUUUGUUUUAUUGACACAUCCACUCCAAUUAGUUUUUGUUUGUUUUUAACUGAGAUGCCUAUCGUCAUAAGUAACAUAUUGUCAAGGUGAAAACUGUGUUUCUCCAGAAAACUCAUUUUAAGGAUCUGCUCCAACAUGCACUGACAUCCAUCUGAAACAAUGCUUUUUUUUUCUAUGAGCCAAAGAAGUUCAGAAGUGGUCUCAGCACAUUCUAUAGUACAAGCCAGCAGACACUGAGGAUACAGAGGUAGUAUCUGAGACAGACAUGGUUCCAUAGAUCAGAAAGCAUGUGAACAUUUGCUGUCUGAAAGUGUAUGAAAUGCACAAUUGGAGAAGAGGAUCUAGUCACUUAAGGAGUGUUACUGACAUUUUGGGGGGUUUGACUGUUUAAUAAAAUCUUGUUUUUUUCUACAAAUGUAGUUUUUGUUUUGCUCCAACAGGUCUCAAAACUUACUCUAUAAUGCAGUAUGACUGGUAAUAAGAUAAAUAUUGUGUGGAGGAGGUGCAGAUUUCUGUCUGUUCUAGUUUACUUGUGUAGUAAUGACUCUGAGUACUCAUGCAAUGAUGUAGUAAUGACUCUGAGUACUCAUGCAAUGAUGUAGUAAUGACUCUGAGUACUCAUGUAAUGAUGUAGUAAUGACUCUGAGUACUCAUGCAAUGAUGUAGUAAUGACUGAGUACUCAUGUAAAGAUGUACUAAUGACUGAGUACUCAUGCAAUGAUGUAGUAAUGACUGAGUACUCAUGCAAUGAUGUAGUAGUAACGAUGUAGUAAUGAUGUAGUAGUGACUGAGUACUCAUGCAAUGAUGUAGCAGUAAUGAUGUAAUAAUGACUCUGAGUACUCAUGUAAUGAUGUAAUAAUGACUCUGAGUACUCAUGUAAUGAUGUAAUAAUGACUCUGAGUACUCAUGUAAUGAUGUAAUAAUGACUCUGAGUACUCAUGUAAUGAUGUAAUAAUGACUCUGAGUAC